UCUGUGUUUUUAUCUGGUGUGACAUCACAAACAAAAUGGCUUCUUUCUCAUAUGAGAAGAUGCUAGUUGGUUAUGGAUAAUAUCUGUCUGACUAAAUGGUGGAGUGCAGUAAAAUGCCUCCCGAUGAUAAGAAAAGGAUGCUGAAGAGCAUAAAAGAGACGAUUCAUUCGGGCCAUUUUAUGGUGUCCGAGAUUGACGAUAAUGAGGUGACAGAAGAAAUUCACUCUCCUUCCGUAGUUCACGAAUCAGAUUGUGAUCAAGAAGCUUCCAAUGACUUCCAAUUUAAAGAUAUACCAAAAGAAACAAAGAAGGAAAUAUACACUUUCGGGCCAAGAAGUUCCCAUUCUAUUUCCAUUGAAGUCUCCUUGACUCAGCUGUUCCAGUGCAUGUCGCUAGCUUACAGUGGAAAAUUGACUUCUCCAAGAUGGAAAACUUUCAAAGGGUUAAAAUUGCGACUUAAAGAUAAGAUUCGUCUGAAUAAUAUUAUUUGGAGAGCCUGGCACAUACAAU